AUGUUUAGAACAAUACGAAAUAACCCUUCAUUUUUCAAUAAAAUAUUCCAGCGACAUAGUCCGACAUCACACUACUCUGCUCAGUCUAACAAGCCAAUGGGUGACAAGUCCUCGUCUUCAAGGUCGAUGACGACCCUGUCAAAGUCGUAUCUACAAGUACAGUCACAAUCACUAUCUCCAAACCCUCUGAAUCUAAGUUCUAGUUCUAGUUCUAGUUCAAGUUCAGGGUCAGGUGCGAAUCACUCUAUACUUACAAUUGAAUCUUGUGAAAAUCUACCCAAGGCUCGGCUACCUGACUACGUCAAGUCCCAACAGCAUCGUCUCUUUAACAUUAUAUGGCGUACUUCACCGCCAAAGAAUGUUUUGAUGGUUAAGAAGCCAUGGGAUGCCACUGUGCGCGAGGCAAUGAUUCAAUUAAUUAAUCAUUUGCAUGUUGAGUAUCCACUGUGUAAUAUAGUUGUUAAUGAAGAUGUGGCAGAUGAGUUGGUCAAUGAGGUGACUACGGUGAAUAAGAUUAUGGACAAGUCAAUUCAGCAUGUGAUUUAUACUGGGGAGACCAAGGACAUAAUCGAUAAGAUUGAUUUGAUGAUUACUUUGGGAGGUGAUGGAACUAUAUUGAGGGGCGUUUCGUUGUUUUCAAAUGUCAAAGUGCCGCCGGUUUUGUCGUUUGCAAUGGGUACAUUGGGGUUUUUGUUGCCCUUUGAUUUCAAGAAUAGUAUGGAGUGUUUCAAGAGUGUUUAUGAAGGAAGAGCAAAAGCGUUGCAUCGGAAUAGAUUAGAGUGUCAUGUGAUUAGGAAAUUUGUUGAACAAGAUGUCGAGGACUACAAAAAUGAGACGGAGGCGAGGGAAGAGGAUGUUGUUGACACUAGACUGAAGGUGCUGAUGGUUGCUUCCGGGUUUGGUUCUAAGUACGAUGUGCAGAGUGUCAAGGGUAAGAGACAAAUGGUUCAUGCUAUGAAUGAUAUUACGAUCCAUAGAGCCAGCUCUCCAAAUCUCACAGCGGUGGACAUUUAUAUCGAUGGUGAGUUUUUCACUACAACGUAUUCGGAUGGGUUGAUUUUCUCGACACCAACAGGGUCAACUGCGUAUUCUUUAUCGGCGGGUGGAUCGAUCACGCAUCCUGCCGUGCCGUGCAUCUUGUUGACACCUAUAUGUCCGAGGUCGUUAUCUUUUAGACCGUUAAUUCUUCCCAGCACGUCGGAUAUAAUGAUUAAGUUGUCUGAGAAUAACCGUAAUAGUUUUAUUGAAUUGACGAUUGAUGGUAUAAGUCAGGAAGACUUGCACCCCGGUGAUGAAUUGCAUAUAACCUCAGAGACAAUUGUGAGUAAUGGCAAGAUUAUGCUGGGAGGAGUAGGAGUUGGAGGAGGAGUAGGUGGAAAAGGAGUAGGGGGUGUUUGCAGCAGCAGUAGUGUUAGUGGUGGUAUACAAAAGAUUAAGGAGGAAGAGCCAGAGGAGGUAUAUGUCAAUGGGCAAGAUGUUGUGUAUAAUGACAAGAAUGGUAUCUGGUGUGUUGCUACUAAUCCCAACCAGUGGGCCAAAGACUUGAAUAGCUUAUUAGGAUUCAAUAGUUCGUUUAGAGAUCAAAAGGGCAAGAAAUUGCAUCUUUAA